GUAGGCGCGCGAGUGGGCGCGCCGGCACGACAAGCGCGCUCUUCAGUGUUCUGGUUGAGCUUCAAGCGAACGCGUGCGGGCGGAGUGUUAUCCGUCUUAUAGGUGCUUUUUAUCUGGCUAAUGAAUUAAACAUAUAGAACAAUUACAGGUGCAACGAUCUAGAGAUCCGUGUAAUUUAAACGUGGACAGUAACUGAGUGAACUCUUGGUUGGUGCCGUAUGCUCACGUUCCGGGAAGUUCGCAAGCGGACGGUGGCCCGACCAUGUUGAUAUCGGCGGGCAGUGGCCCCACGCCUGAAUUCUCCCCUGCCUCGUGCUGCGCACCCUGGAAGAUGGAACCGGCCCCCCCUGCGGCCGCAGCCAUCGGACAAACACUUAAUUUAUCACCUAAUGUGCCGGUGUCCCCAUCGUCGUCUGGGGGUGGCGGCGCGGGCGCGGGUGGCGGUACUCCCCUGUACCCAGGUGCGACGGCACAUCCUUUAUCAUCUCUGUUGUCACAGCAGAGGUUGUUGGAACUGUCAAGAUUCGGCCUCAGACACUAUGAUAUCGCUCAUCAUGUGCUGUCCCAGCAAGGUGCUGUUACCAAACUUCUUGGUACACUUCGACCGCCGGGUCUUAUUGGUGGGAGCAAGCCCAAGGUAGCAACUCCAGCCGUUGUAUCCAAGAUAGAGCAGUACAAAAGAGAAAAUCCAACCAUUUUCGCAUGGGAGAUCCGAGAGCGACUCAUCUCUGAAGGUGUAUGCACGAAUGCAACAGCGCCAAGUGUAUCGUCAAUUAACCGGAUACUAAGGAACCGUGCUGCUGAGCGAGCUGCAGCCGAGUUUGCUAGGGCCGCUGGCUAUGGUCUCUAUGCUGCUCCACCUCCAUAUGGGGCGUUUCCCUGGGCUGGUGGUGGUGGUGUAUGGCCACCUGGGACAUUACCACUGCCUCCAGGAGUUCCGGCACCUACAACAGGAGUCCCACAUCCUGAUGCAGUCCAGCAAGGAUUCUUAUCCGCCGGUAGAGGUUUAAUCGAUGUCGACGGCGAUGACUCUGGGUCAUUGGAUGGAGAACAACCAAAGUUUAGACGGAAUCGCACUACCUUUAGUCCUGACCAACUCGAAGAAUUAGAGAAAGAAUUCGAAAAAUCUCAUUACCCAUGUGUGUCCACUCGAGAGCGGCUUGCCUCCAAAACCUCGUUAUCGGAAGCGCGCGUUCAGGUUUGGUUUUCCAACAGACGAGCCAAGUGGAGACGCCACCAGCGCAUGAAUCUCCUGAAGCGCGGUGGCGGCUCGCCCCCGCACCGCCUCCCUCAUUCUCCCUCCCGCUCCCGUUCGCGUUCUUUGUCCCCAGCGCGCGUCCCUUAUCACACUCCUCAGAUGGGCGGCGAAAAUAGCGCUUUCAAGGCUCUUUCACAUCAAGACACGAACACACUAAAGGCCCUCUCACAGCAGGCACAGUUUGACAGUAAUGCGCUGAAAGCACUGUCUCAGCAGACAUUCGAUGGUGGCGCGUUUAAAACUCAUCCAGCUCUUGAGAACAGCGCGUUUAAAGCUUUAGUACCGCACUCGGCAGCGGCAGCGUUACUUGCUGCGCAGUCAAUACAGUUAGCUCGGGGAUAUGAGUCCCAUUCGGAUUCGGAUGAAGAAAUAAAUGUACACGACGAAAGCGAUGAUGGAGGUGAAAAGCAAAAAAAUAAUGACAGGUCGAGAUCUGUGAGCCCAAAUGCUGUACGGCAGAGGCCCGCGGUCAGCGACUUGCCUCUGCAGCUCACUAAACAUGACCGUUGAUAUAGAUUAAUUUACUUAUUUAUUUGCUUAAAGUAUUAUAAUAAUUACUAUCAUUCCUAUUGAAUGUCCAUGUUCCGAAUAAUUAUGUAAAUUUUAAUCCUAGAGUUAAUACUCCAGUUUGUUUGUAAAUUAAUGUAAAUACGUAGCUAGUUAAGUUGUUAAUUAAUGCAAAGAAGAUGAAUGGCUAAUAAAUUUAAUGAAGCACAAAAUAGUACUGAUUUAUUUAUUUUAUAUGACAAAAAUAUCCGAUAUUACAGGUAUUUUCCGUACCAUUAUGGCUACUUUAUUACAAUAUUUUCAUUCAUUUGUACAUAUAAUAUUAAUUGUUUAAAAUCACUAAUUUAUAUUAAUUAAUUCUACGGACUUUAGUUCAAUUUUGAAGAAUUUGUAAAAUACCAAAGUGUUAUGAUUUACAAAUACAAAAGCACGGUUUCAGGAAAUAAGAGUUCCUAACCCAUUUUAGUGACAUAAUAGUACAUAUCCAAUACAUAUUUUUGUUACAUUUGAAGUAAUCAUCUAUUUGGUAUU